UGCCUUGUUGUGAUUUUACCUGUAUUUUAUCGGCGUGUGGAUAUUGUAAAGAGUCAACCUGUUGGAUUUGGCAGUGGCAUCAAAGGGAUAUUAACACGGUAGCUGACAGGAAGUCGUACAACGUAAUACGAUAUCCCCGACAGAAUCAGCUGGUCAAUGACGCGUCACCGGUAAAUUGUCUUAUCCUUGACGACAACCCUGGACAUCGAAUGGGCACCUUAGCGUUAAUCGGUCGUGUGAUGGCGUGUGUCGAGGAUUCAAUCGACAUACAUCAACUAUGCAUGGAUAACCCAGUCUCUGAAAGAUUGUGCUACCAAAUCUAUCUUUGAUCGAAAUGUUAGUGGCCAUGGUUAAUUCAUUUAUGGUACAAACAUUCCGAAAUAUUAACUUUCUGAUGUAUCUUUAUCAAGGACAAUACUAUAAAUAUAAGUCGAGUUUCUAAAGAUUGAAUAAUUGAUUUUUUUAGAAAUCCUAAGAAACUUUUCGGUAUGUGAAACAACUUUUUAUCUAGAAUAUUUGUUACAUAUACAUUGUAUUGUGUGGGUACAAUAUCAUAACAAAACACGAUCGAUCUCCAGGCCUAAUCUUGUAUUGUUUGGCACUGCGAUAUUUAUCUACAUAGGGGAAGUACAUGACCUAAAGAAACAGGUCUGUUCGCGCCUUCAGGUGAUCGAUUACAUCGCACCUUAGAGUGCAACACACGUGUACAGAUUUCCUUAUAAUGUCGGUGGCGUGCUAUAAAGCACGCGAUCUAUUUAUAUGCACGCGUGCAUCACAAUGUGUGUCUGGAUAUAUAACGGAUUAACGUAAUAGACGCUAUUAAUUCUUCAAAGUUGGAUGUGAGCAGGGAUUUUCGAAACGAAUUUAUUCCGCAAAAGCUUUCAAUCGUGGAGUUGGUACGUAUCGUACGUACAUUGCACGUGUUCACGUGCAGAUGUGUAUUUGUCUGGAUAAUGGAUAAGUCUGCAUCUUAGACAAGGAUUAUUGACGAUAAGUUUAUUUUUAAAUAUCCAAACGGAAAAUUCGAAACGAAAUAAACUCUGGAUUAUCAUCUAACCCUACAACUUUUCCUGGUGUUUUUUUGUUGCUUACAUAUUUGUUUGUAAGUUGUUUGAAAAAUACAACAUUCUCGAGGAUCGUUAGGAUCAAGCUUGAUCAAACACGUUCUGAUUCGUUGUGCCGGAUAAUUUCCACAUCAGGACUACUUAAGUGAAUUUGCAGAUUUUGCUCAAUUCAAGGACGUACGGAACUGAUUACUGAAAUCGACAUUUACAAGGUGUGGAGAAACUAGUCACGAUUCCGGAUUAUAUGCUUCUCAGAAAUCCCCCCCGACUUCUUUCAUCUCUAAAUUAAAUAUGACUACUGCCGAGUAUUGGAAAUUCAUAAUACCUGAAGCAAUUAAUGUAGACCGUGUUCCACACUUACCUGUAUACAUUUAAUUGACACAGAUCGCCGUUAAACUAGCCACUACCGAGAUUUUAAUGUUUACUAUUUCAUUGUUUUAUAGACUACCAGCUUAAAUUACCUCACGUUAUCUUUCUAUCGAUUUCUAGCGUAUAACAUGUUAGGAUAACAUUAAUCUAGAAUUAACAUUUACACUCAAUCAGUGUACGUGGUAUUUCAAUAUUGUAAUUUUUCAGGACGAAUACUAGUACGUGUAUUGAUUUUUAAGUAAAAUAUGUAUAUUGUAUCAUAUUUCAUAAUAUUAUCACAUUCUAAAAGUAGGAAAACAGAAAGACGUACCUGAACACUGAACUCAAGUUUAUUAUUGGUGUUCGACAUGAUAUACAAAUGGUAUAUAUACAAACCAUUCAGAAUUAAUCAAAAAUAACGAACAAACGGGCAAGGCAUUGCUUAAUAGUAUAAAAAUAAAUAAUAUUGAUUUCGUGUAUUUUCCAUGCUAUAGUAGAAAGUGUAUGUAUCACAAGAAGUACGUGUUUAUGUGUGACAUUUAGAAAUUCCCAUGAUAUAGUUAUACAGCAAUUAAAAAUACGUCGGCCUUGGAUAAGGUUAAUUGUGACUUGUGUAUACGGUGACAACACAAUGAAGUGAAUUGGACUAAUCCCCGGGUGUAUCACAUUAGUAUAUACCAUUAUGUUGGGGCCAAUGCCAGAUCGAGGUGUGAAACAUUCAGAACAAGACCCGCAGGAAUUAGUUCGAGCUCGGGUCCCUUCGUCGCGUCCUGCUAGUUUACGAUUAAACAAACAAUACGUGUACUUGUCAGAUGAAGGAGAAGACAGCGCCGAGAAUAACCGUCAUUUUAACAAUACUUUAGAGAGUUAUGUCCGCCGACGAGCGAAGUAUUCGAAACGUAAGUCAUCAAAAAGAGCAUCGGCCUCAAAAAUAACAAAAUCGACAAUGGCUGACGACGAUUCUGAUGAUGACGAUUCUAUCUUCGGACUAAGUGACGGGGAGCUAGAAGAAGGUAUGAUGCGGUGUAGUUUCGGAAGAUUUUCCAAACGACGAGUUAUCAACAACUUACAAGUGAAAUGCAAUUUAUCACCCCGUCGAGAAUGUCGAUGUUCUGCUACGGUUACGGAGCACGAUGAGUUAGUUUGUGGUUGGGAAUCUAAAUACCAAACUGGAAAAUAUUACAGACCUGUGAAAGUAAAACGGAAGACACAAAAUCAUAAUAUUCCGCAUGCGUACCAAAGAAUACUUCCGGAGCGAGAUACUGGAUUCGACUUUCAUCACUAUGAGGAACCGUCGCAGUAUAUGGAACAGUACCGACACAACCACACUGUGGGAGACGUGUGUAAGGUUUCUUAUUACCACAGCGAUGACGUCACAAUGGCAGACCAUUACGCACCUAGGGCCAAAGGAAAUGUCUGCUCAAUUGCCGAGAAUUGUGACUUCCUUGCUAUCCUGUCGGUGGGUCGAGAAAAUGAUGACGUCAUGACGAAUCAUCAUCUUUACCAUAGCAACACCAAUAUGGGUCAUCACCAGUCACACCACCUGUCCGGUCACGAUCUUCAUUCAGAAGAGGAAAACAAUGACGACACAGAAAAGAACAUGUCAGUACAUGAUCGAGGAAAAAAGCUCAAUCUUGCUCCGGUUAGAAAAGCAACUACCUCAAGACCAAAGCUGUGUAAAUCGAACAUGAAAAUGACUCCCAAGAAAACCACACGAUCUACUCAUAGCCAAUAUCUAAAUUUAGUGAUUCCUAAAACCACCCUCCACCGGAAGGACCUCCAAUUGAAUGUGCAGCCUGUGAAAGACACUUACGCUGCCCGUUUUGACACACGACGGUUAACUAGUUGUCCAAAUAAAAAUGCAUUCAUUAGAACCGGAAGUGCAGACUCUGUACAAAGUCCUCAACAGUUAACAGGAGGGGAGAACUCUCCAGUACAUCGUAUGGUAGAGUUAAAAUAUUCGCGGUCAAAUACAUUUCAUAUCAACUCUGCUCCUAUUCCAGGACACGUGCAACUUCCGCGAGAACCAGUUGCAAACCGUGGAUCUUCCCAAUAUGGCAGUCCAACUAAAGGGCGUCAUUCCAGAGGAUGUGAUAGAAUACACACCAUCCUGCCUAGUUUUCCGAACGAUAUGCAUAACAAAAUUCACGCAAAGACCACCAACAACGUAAAUGCAAAUGGAGGUCCGUACCAGAUGACCCCCUUUCCUCGUCCCCAGGCCCAGAGAGUGUGGGAGGGAGGUGACCGAGUAAGUAGUGACAGCGUCAAAAAUGACACGGUGAUUCCAGUGCCAUUGGGAUCAUUUGGAGUCAGAGGUCGCACGUGCAAUGGGGAAGAUCGCGUCACGAUUGGUUAUCGUCUCAAGCGAGACCGAGAGAGACGUGUCGGUUUGUCAGCUGUCACAUGAAACGAAGACUUGCACAAGUCCAUUCAGUAUUUUGUCUGAUGAUUACGGCUUUUCACAUGCAUAAGUGUAGUUUUUAAGACAAACAAGACAAUUAUCUGUGUACAGUAUCUUAUAUAUAAUAAUGUAACGUUUCUUGUGUAUGCAUUAUAAGAAAAUUCCUUCUGCUUCUUUGAUUAAUGGAGUAAAAGUUUUGUCAGGGCCUCAGGUGUUUUUCCCAAUUAAAUUGAAAUGUGUAGGAAUACGUACCAUAUGGGAGGAGAUAUAGGAAGCUAGAUACUUUUGAGUAUAUACAAUAUAUUUGACCAUUGAUACCAACUGAAAUAUAAACAAGUACCUAAUGUACCAUAAUACAAAAACCGAAAAAAAUCCAAAACGUAAUUAUGAAAUUAGAAACAAACCAGUUAACGCCUCGCAAAGAAUCCAACUUGAUAUGCUUACAAGGGGUACGUAAGUUACACAUAUUGGACAAAACGUGAAUGAGCCUGUGCAAGUCUUCUCGUCAAACAAUUAAAUAUUAUGUUGUGUAUGAGAUGAAGUAUGGCGAUCCUAACAGUGUACCACUAUGUUGUUGUAUUGGCUUGUAUUGUCUGAGAGCAGUAUGUAGUACACAUAACCUGACGCAAAACACUGU